AUGGGGAGCCUGGGGAGCCUGGGGAGCCAGCCCCGUAAGCGUGGGGCAGGCAUUCUGUUUUUUGGACCUGAAAUCCCUUCUUUCAGUAACCAGUCUCUGCUAGAGCUGGGAUCAGCACUGCGAGAGCAACAAUGGGCCUCUGGAAUCCCGCACAUGCUGCUCUCUGCUUGGGAUACGAUCUCAACUAAGAUACCUUCUUUAUCCUCUGUCCCUGGGAGGCAACAGCUCACAGAUCUCAACACAUGGCUGCAAGAAGGGCCGCCAGAAAAGGACGUUGGUGACCUACCCAACGUUGUGCUGGCACCCUUGACAGUCCUCACACAACUCACACAGUUUCGGCGAUAUGCUGAUUACUACCCUAACAGUGAGCGAGGUACCCUCGAUGACCUAAUCCGCGAAGGGGAUAUUCAUCCACUUGGCUUUUGCAUGGGGCUGCUAUCAGCUUUAGUUGCCUUUAAUUCUGCAGGCGCAGAUCUCUGGUAUCAUCACGUCGGCGUGGCGGUUCGUUUAACAGUACUCGUUGGGGCUGUAGUCGAUGCCGCAGAUAUAACCCAUCCUAAGGGCGCGUCAGAGUCCAUCGCAGUUUCGUGGCAAGACUCAAAUCAAAGAGGGGACCUGAAGCGUAUCCUCGAACAAUUUCCAGAAGAUGCCUAUAUAUCGGUACAUUACGAUGAGCGGCGGAGUACAGUCACCAUAUCGAAACAGGCCGCUCCGCAACUAUUACAGGAAUUGCGAAAGGUCGGCGUUACUGCUGUACCCACAGGGUUAAGAGGGCGGUUCCACUCGAAACAACACAGCGAGAUAAUGAGCAAAUUACUACGACUGUGUCGCUCGAACCUCGGAUGGCAAUUUAAGUAUCCAGAUACUGAAAUUGACACCGACGAUCACGAGGCUGCUCUGAGGGCGCUGUUGGUUGACGAGUGUGACUGGUAUAGAACUGUGUCGAUGCUUGUGAAAGACCAAGCUGGCAGUAAAGGGCGAUUGACUUCUAUUUCAUUCGGCCAAGGCCGGUAUAUAUCUCCUUCUUUACAGUCGAAAUUCGAUAAUCGGAUUGAGCAAUUGAUGCCUUCGGAGGCACAGGCAUCGUCAUCCUAUCACCCUGUUGUCAACCCUCAAUCGAACGAAAAUGAGAUUCCUUCCACCAAAAAUGGUACCCCUCCACACGACUCCAAUAUCACGAGGAAUGACGAUAUGGAUGAUAGCAGGGAUAUCGCCAUCGUAGGAAUGUCAAUAAAGGUAGCCGGGGCCGACGACCUCCCCGAAUUUUCAGCUAUACUCCGCGCAGGAGAAUCGCAACACCAAGAAGUCCCCGCUGAGCGUGUGUCGUUUGGCAACUCGCCGUGGAGACGUGGUGAAGAAAGUGACGGGCGUAAGUGGUAUGGCAAUUUUAUCCGCGAUGUCGACGCAUUCGACCAUAGGUUUUUCCGCAAGAGUCCGCGCGAAAGUGCCGCAAUGGAUCCGCAACAGAGACUGGUUCUGCAAGCCGCUUACCAGGCCGUCGAGCAGUCUGGUUAUUUCUAUCCGACUACUAUCCCCAGCCGGGAUAAACACAUAGGUGUCUAUCUUGGUACUUGUGCAACUGAAUACGAGCACAACGCGGCAUGCCACACGGCCGGGGCGUUUACGGUAAUGGGGUUGCUGCGGGGAUCUAUAGCGGGUCGCAUAUCGCAUUACUUCGGAUGGACUGGUCCGUCAAUGACGUUUGACACGGCAUGCUCAGGGUCUGCGGUAGCGAUUCACUCUGCAGUGCAGGCUUUGCGAUCGGGCGAGUGUAGCGCUGCGUUAUGCGGAGGAGUAAAUAUUAUUACGAACGAAGUCUGGUUCCAUAACCUGGCCGGUGCUUCGUUUCUGAGCCCCACCGGACAGUGUAAGCCGUUUGAUGAAGCGGCCGAUGGAUACUGUCGUGGAGAGGGCAUCGGGUGCGUUUUCUUAAAGCCCAUGGCGGCUGCGCUUGCAGACGGGGAUCAGAUAUUCGGACGAAUAGCGGGUACCGCGGUGUAUCAAAAUUCCAACGAAACACCAUUGUUCGUUCCUCAUGCGCCUUCUAUGUCUCAACUCUUCCGCGAUGUCAUUCGCCAAGCUCAGCUCGAACCUAAAGAUAUCUCUCUCGUGGAAGCUCAUGGAACGGGAACACCAGUCGGUGACCCUGCGGAAUAUGAAAGCGUCCGCGCUGCCUUGGGCGGAACGAUUCAGCGUAGACCACUGCCGAUUGGGUCCGUUAAAGGACUUGUGGGACACACUGAAAGCACAUCAGGGGUAGUUUCUCUAAUUAAGGUUAUCCUCAUGAUGAAUGAAGGCUUCAUUCCGCCACAGGCAAGCUACUCAAAAAUGAGCCAUCGCAUUCAUGCGUCAGAUUCCGAUAUGAUUCAUGUGCCAACUAGCCUACUUCCCUGGGAGGAAGAUUGCAAGGCGGCCUUGAUCAAUAACUAUGGCGCAAGUGGAUCAAUUGCCGCAAUGGUCGUAAAGCAAGCUCCUCGCAGAUCGCAGGAAAACUCGACGUGUCUCUCGAACAACACAUCCUUCCCCUUUUGGAUCGCUGGCUUUGACGGCCGUAACAUCGAGAAGUACUGUGCUAAUCUCGCCGCUUUUGUCAAGAGAAAAUCUAGUAGCAUCACUUUGGCCGACAUCUCCUUCAACGUGAACCGUCACUCAAACAUAACUCUGCCUCGUGCUCUGCAUUUCCGUUGCAGCAGUGUCGCCGGUUUACUCGAACAGCUCUCUCCGGUCGCGACAUCAAAAACCGUCCAAGUCAAAGCUCCUAGGCCGGUGAUAUUGUGUUUCGGUGGGCAAAUAUCGACAUCCGUCGGCCUAGAUCGCGUGGUGUAUGAAAAUGUACCACUGAUCCGCUAUCACUUGAAUGAGUGUAAUGCCAUAAUACAGUCUCUCGGGUAUAAUAGCAUUUUCCCUGAUAUUCUUGCUAAGCGGCCCAUUCCAGAUCCAAUUCACCUCCAGACAAUGCUAUUCGCUCUGCAAUAUGCGUGUGCGAGGUGCUGGAUAGACUGUGGAGUACGCGUCGAGGCAGUCGUAGGACACAGUUUUGGAGAAAUUACCGCACUGUGCAUAGCGGGUGUCCUCAAGCUUAGAGGCGCCAUCAAAUUGGUUGCUGGCCGCGCCGAAGUCAUAAGAAACCUAUGGGGUCGCGACCGUGGGGUAAUGGUGGCGGUGGAUGGCGAGUUGAAACUGGUGGAAAAGCUUCUAGCAGAGGCGAAUCGAAGUCAAAAAAGUGGCAGUGCGGCUAGCAUUGCUUGCUACAACGGCCCGCAAAGCUUCACUCUUGCCGGAUCGACGUUGGCUAUGGAGACUGCGUUCGAUAUAAUCUCAAAUAACUCAGACUAUGCGUCCAUCAAGAGUAAAAAGCUGAAUGUCACCAAUGCUUUCCACUCUGUUCUUGUCGAACCUCUAAUACCAAACCUAGAACAAGUUGGCAUGGACCUUGAAUUCCACAGCCCUACCAUCCGAAUUGAGAGCGCGACCGAAAUACCCUCAAACAAUGAACACUUCACCACGAAAUUUGUAGCGGAUCAUAUGCGCAAUCCCGUAUUCUUCCACCACGCCGUACAACGGCUAGCCAAGGACUAUCCUUCCGCAAUAUGGCUUGAGGCAGGAUCGGCUUCCAAGAUCACUUCCAUGGCCCGGCGCACGGUGAAGCCAAAUCUCAAUUCGCAUUUCCAGGGUGUUAGUCUCACCGAAGACCGAGGCGUCGAUAGCCUUACGGAUGCGACCCUUUCACUUUGGAAAGAAGGCCUGCGCGUCAAUUUCUGGCCUCAUCAUGGCGCGGAAGCAGCCCGGAACCACGCAGUACUACUCCUACCACAGUACCAAUUCGAAAAGACAGGGCACUGGCUCGAUCUUAAGGAACUGCCGCCACCAGUGGCCCAAGAGGGGAUACCGCAGCGCCAUGAUCCGUCUCUUGGUCUGUGGACUUUCGUAGGUUACCAAGAUACCAACAAGCGACGCGCCCUCUUUAGGAUAAACACCGAAUCCGAAAAAUACCAGGCCCUUGUAUCGGGACAUAUCGCCGUCCAGACAGCCCCUAUCUGCCCCGCCACAUUGGAAUAUAGUAUGGUAAUCGAAGCGCUCCUUAGUAUUCAAGAUAGCACCAUGGCGAGAGACCAAGACUUUCACCCCGUGAUCCGCGAUAUGCACAAUGACGCGCCAUUAUGCCUCAACGCUUCCCAGGCAGCAUGGAUGGAAUUGCAUGAAGACGACGAUCUCUCACAUCAACAUUGGUCGUGGAAGAUUGUUACUCUUCCUGUAGGCCAGCAACCAGACAGCCGCAAAAAUAACAACGCUACGAUAUGCGUACAAGGGCGGAUAGAAUUACGGCCCCCUGGAGAAGACGCCGAGUUCGCGCGAUACGAGAGACUAGUGACGCAUAGGCAGUGCAUUUCACUGCUUGAUGAUAACGCGCAGGCAGAUGACGUUCUUCAGGGGCGCAAUAUAUAUCGUUCCCUAUCUGAUGUCGUCGAAUACGGGAAUGUGUACCGCGGGGUACGUCGAGUCGUCGGCCGAGAAAACGAAUGCGCAGGUAUCGUACAGGACCCGACUACCUAUGCUACCGAAGCCGAGAAGAAUUGGCUGGACGAUAUACCGGUCACGGAUUCAUUCAGCCAAGUAGCGGGCGUGUGGGUUAACUGUAUGACGGACCGGGAACCAAAUGGUAGUGAUAUCUUCUUAGCUACCGGAUGCGAGACACUCAUGCGCAGGCCUGGACUUGCGCGAAAAGAUAGGCGAUGCGAGCCGGGGAAGAUAUGGCACGUCUGGGCGAGGCACCAUCGAGAAUCGGAGAAGGUUUAUCUGACAGAUGUUUUCGUGUUUGACGCGACAGAUGGUCGAUUAAGUGAAGUAAUGCUCGGAAUUAGGUAUACUCGGAUCCCUAGGAUAUCUAUGAGCAGACUACUAGUAAGGCUCACGGACAUCCCCACCCUUAAGUCCGGGACGACAACGAUGGUGAAAGCGAACGCCAUUCAUACGCCACAAUCUUCACCUACGUCAUACCCAAGCACGAGCCACCACCAAGAGGUCAAGGCGAAAACAUCUGGAUUUUCUCGUUCAGAGCUAAGUCAGAAAGUCAAAGAUAUCAUAACCAACGUGUCGGGAGUAGACGCAAGUGAAAUCAAAGAAGAUUCGGAGCUGGCCGACUUAGGCAUCGACUCCUUAGCAGGUACCGAGUUAGCUCGCGAGAUCGAGAGUGUGUUCCGCUACAAGAUUGACACACUAGAACUUCUUUUCAAAGCUACUAGCUUCCGCGAGUUUGUAGCAUGCAUUUCAAGAACCGUUCACGGCCCAGAGAGCGAUGCGCAUCUCGAAGGUGGCGACGAUGAUGGUAACUCGGUCUCCCCUUCAAAUGGAGGCGGCCUACUCUCUGACGAAUCUGGCGAUACUAGCACAAUCUUAACACCGACUGCAGAUGACGCAUCUUCCAUGGAUGAGCAGGAAAACGAUGCGGCCAUCGAGUCAUUGAUAGAGAGAAUAAACAACCCAGAAGACGGCGACCAUUCUUCCUUAUCUCAGCUCGACAUUUUGACUGCCUUUGCCCGAGUCAAAGCAUCAACCGACCAACGCAUCCGCGAUAACAAAGUCGACAAUACAGAUGCUAUCAUCGUCUCUCGUUCAAACCGGCUAUGUGUAGCGCUUAUUGUCGAAGCAUUCGAGCAACUUGGCUGUCCGCUCCAAACCGCAACUAUAGGUCAGAUACUACCAUUGGUGAAACACACACCCCAAACUUCUCGGCUGGUCGAUUGGCUCUAUAACUUCCUCGAAAAAGACGCACGACUAAUCGACAGACGUGAUGCGCGUAUCACACGCACCGGCAUUUCUACCCCGCGCAAGACAAGCGAAGUCAUCUUCCAAGAACUUUUGCAAAUGAAUGAUCAAUGGAUCAUGGCACAUAAGCUGGCGUUCUACGCCGGGAAAAGCUUAACCAACGUACUUCGGGGUCGGAAGACAGGUAUCCAGGCCUUGUUCGGCUCAUCCGAGGGACGGGAUCUCGUGCGAGGUCUUUACUACGAUCUACCCUUCAACCGCUUGUUCUAUGAGCAGAUGCGAGACACGAUUCAGCUUGUAGUUGAUAAUCUAGCUUCGGACUUCCAUGGCCCACUGCGCAUUCUCGAGAUGGGUGCCGGUACUGGUGGUACAACACACAUCCUAGCACCAUUCCUCGACGGCCUCGAUAUCUCUAUUGAGUAUACAGUGACCGACCUAGCACCAUCGAUGGUCACACAAGCGCGUCGUUCGUUUGGGGCGCGUUACCCCUUCAUGCGCUUCGCCGUACACGAUAUCGAACAACCACCUGCUGAGUCCCUACGUGGCACCCAGCAUAUUGUAAUUGCCAGCAAUGCAGUACAUGCUACAGAUGAUCUAAAAGCGGCUGCCUCCAAUAUCCACAUGGCGCUGCGCUCCGAUGGAAUGCUUCUCCUUACCGAAAUGACCGAAGGCUUGCCAUUUGUUGAUUUGGUGUUUGGUCUUCUCGAUGACUGGUGGCGUUUCGCGGAUGACAGGGUACACGCUAUCGUCCCAGCUGAACAUUGGGAGACUCAAUUGCGGCAUGCUGGAUUUGGGCAUGUAGACUGGACGGACGGAAACUUGUCAGAAAAUCGUAUUCAGAAGGUCAUAAUUGCUUUGGUAUCUGAAGGUUCAAAAGGCAAACAAUCAGUACCUCCGAUGAUACCGCAACCAGUUUCAUCUCACAAUGAUGAUAAUGCGGCGUCUCGGGAGCAGGAGGCUGAGAAGUUCAUAACGCGGUAUUCGGCCGGCUUCAUGGCAUCCGUGGAUAAACCAUGGUGCAUACCGAAUAACGUAGAGAAACACGAGGACAAUGGCGGCGCAGUCGUCAUCAUUACAGGGGCAACUGGGAGCUUAGGUACGCAUCUAGUCGCUCGCUUCGCCGAGGAUCCUGACGUAAGUGCCGUGGUCUGUCUUAACCGACGAUCCAACCUGGAAAACUCAACCCCGUGCCGCCAGAGCGAAGCGUUAGCGUCCCGCGGCAUAAGCUUGUCCUCAGAAGCCUCGUCGAAAUUGCGCAUUCUUGAGACAGAUAUAACUCAAUCACAACUAGGUCUACCGUCGGCUGAAUACGCAUGGCUCGUGUCGCGCGGUACGCACAUACUUCAUAACGGAUGGCCUAUGAGCGCUAGUCGGCCUCUAUGUGCCUUUGAACCGCAAUUCCAAUCUCUUCGAAAUUUACUCGACCUUGCUGCCGAUAUAUCUACCCAUCGUAAGCAGAACCACAAGGCAAAGCGCGUAUGUUUUCAAUUUGUGUCGUCAAUUGGCGUAGUUGGCCGACACCUAACCCACAACACUUGCAUAGUACCAGAGGAACGUGUCUCCAUGAGCUCUGUAUUGCCGAUCGGGUACUGCGAGGCCAAAUGGACAUGUGAACGGCUAUUAGAUGAGACGCUGCAUCGGUACCCUGAGAGUUUCCAAGCGAUGGUGAUCAGACCUGGUCAGAUUGCCGGGUCGACCACGACCGGUAUUUGGAACCCGGUCGAACACUUUUCAUUUCUAGUGCGGUCUGCGCAAAGCCUUCGUGCAUUCCCAGCUCUCGAUGGCAGGCUACAAUGGGUGCCGGUAGAUGGCGUAGCUGCAACCAUUGCCGACCUAGCGAUAAAUUGCAAAGCCAAUGAUCCAGUUUAUCAUAUUGACAACCCAGUAAACCAACCAUGGGAGGAGAUGGUGGGUGUCUUAGCGGAAGAACUAGGCAUUCCUAAUGAGAAUAUAAUGCCAUUCUCAGAAUGGAUUCGGAAGGUCAGACGAUCACCAUUGGUGAUGGAGACGGAGAACCCGGCAUUAAGAGUAGCUAAUUUCCUGGAGAAAUAUUUCAUGCACAUGUCGUGUGGAGGUAUCAUAUUAGGAACGGACAAAACAGUACAACUUUCGUUAACGCUGGCUGCCCAAGGCCCAGUCUCUACUGAUACGGUGCGUCGAUACUUGGGAGCGUGGAAGAAAAUGGGGUUUCUGGGUUGUCCAUAACGUACACGGACUAUGAUUAACAAAAGGAUUAAGAAAUGUAUCAAUACGGUGUACGUAUAUUUCCUUUGGUUUCGAUUACAUUUAGAUGUCGAAUGUUGUAGCAAUGAGAAACGAAACGUUCGUCAACUCAAGCUUUGACGUUACGUAAGUACCU